AAAUAUUGGGUUUAAGGGAGAGAAAUAAGAAAGGAUGAGCAUGGAGGUGUAAUACAGGAACAAAGUUCAAAAGCACAGUACAGAUUGCAGUGAACAGAUGUCGUAGCGAAUGGAAAAUGGCAACACAAAUGGGCACAAUGGUUACUGACUCUACAGUUUCUCUUAGCUACUUUAGAACAGCAAGAACAGUGGGGAUUGCAAAGAGACAGAGAAAGUUCUGAUGGCUUUGCCAAGGGUUAGAGGGACAGAGGCAGCUAUAAGCGUGUGGGGGAUGAUGGACUCGAACUCCUAUGCCCACACGAGUGGUUCUCCAUUGAACCCGUGCUUGCGACCACCGGUGUCGACACCUCUGAGCUAUAUAUCAGUCUCAAAGUAAGCACGAGAACAACACGCACUGAGAGAAGAGAGAGACUCGUGUGGGUCUCUGUUCCACCGAAGGAAGUGUUACUCUCUCUGCAGUCCUUGAGUUGCCAUCUUCAUGAAUACCGAACGACUCCUCGAUCUUUGUACCCCUCAUCUGAGCAUCUUGGGCCUUUGAUCUAUAAAUAAAGGAAAGAAAUGGCCCCCUACGAACUGCAGCACGCAGGUGAAAUGGAGUUGUUCCCUGCAGCACCACCUACCUUUCUUGCAGUUAUGGAGGGGCAUGAGAAUCCUGAGAAUGGAAAGAGCUACAACAAAGGCAAGGAGGAAGAAGGUGGUCAUGGUAUCAUCCAUGAGACGGAACAGCAGCACAAGCUAUGCGCCAGGGGCCAUUGGAGGCCAGCCGAGGAUGCCAAGCUCAAGGAGCUUGUCUCUCAAUAUGGCCCCCAAAACUGGAACCUGAUUGCUGAGAAACUCGAGGGAAGAUCAGGGAAGAGCUGCCGACUGAGAUGGUUCAACCAGUUGGACCCAAGGAUCAAUAGGAAAGCAUUCUCCGAGGAAGAAGAGGAGAGGCUUUUAGCUGCCCACAGGCUUUACGGGAACAAAUGGGCACAGAUCGCCAGGCUCUUGCCUGGCAGGACAGACAAUGCAGUCAAGAACCAUUGGCAUGUGAUCAUGGCCAGGAAGCAGAGGGAGCAGUCCAAUGCUCGUAGGAGCCGAAACCCACCUGCUCGCUCCCCCAUCUUUUUCCCAUCUCAGGCCCAGGCCCUCCCCAGGAGGAAGGAGGUCAGCACCAGCAACAAUGCAUGCAGUGGUGAAUCGGGCAUCAGUGGCACCAGAGAUGAGUGUGAUUCCACUUGCACGGACCUCUCUCUCAAUUCCCUCACCAGCAGGAUUGCUCCCAGCUUCCUCAACAGACGAAGAAGUCCCUCCCAGCAGCCGCAUUCUUUUGACAUGCUCGAUGGGUCAGAUGAAAAGGUGGUGGCAGCAGCAAGAAAUGCAUCUUAUGAGAAGCUGGGUGACUCCGGUGGUAGCUUUUUCUCUCAUGGCGCUCGACCGGUGGCCUACCACAUGCGCAAUGCCUUGGCUCAUGGUCAGAAAAGACAUGGGAGGGAGAAAACUCGGCUGCCCUUUAUAGAUUUCCUAGGUGUUGGAGCAACAUAGCAAAGGGUGUCGGUAUAAGAAGAGUGGGCCUACAGAGCAACAACGUUCGGCUGCUGCUGAAGACCGUCGAACCUUUGUCAUCUACCUAUUCCUCUCGACUUUGUUACUGAACUUAUCCUGUGAGCUUCUGUUGCACACAUCGAAUCAAGUGUGACGAUGCUUCGUCCUUCCGAGUAAGGUCUGGUCACACAGGAACUCAAGUAGUCUUUGGUAGAACGAAGCACAGUGUCCUUGCUAUGAACUUUAACCAUAUGAUUCAACCUAAGAACAACUUUUUUCGACACUGAAGUCAGAGACGUACGUCUCUGACCUCUCCGACGAUGACUGUGCCUUUUCCCCCGUCAAAGCAGCUUAGUUUCCGAAGGUUAAAAGGAUGUACGGUGACACCUAUUCCCCUACACCAUGUCCUCAGCUAAAGUCUCUCGUUCCCACCUGAAUCGGAGGGCUGGUCAUCAUCCCACUGCCGACAUCUGGUGUGCAGAGGCUUUUUGUGUUGUGGUUUUACCCUUCCCACCAACUAUGAAAGCUGUAAGGUGCUUGGAGGCACUGACUGAUCCCUGACAGUCCCGGGUCUCCCUACCUGACAAUCAUGGUGGUGAACAGGUACUUCCAAGGAGAAGUAAAACAGGGCACACAACACUGUGACCACACUCUUCGAGAGUGGGUGUUUCUAUUGACCUGGUUCUAACAAUAGAACAAAGCAUUGGAGAGGAAAGGAACGAUUUAUGCAGCUAAAGUAGGAUUCUCAUUCCUGCAAAUAGUUACAGGCAGACGAUCUUGUCAGGUGUAAAAUUACAAUUUCUAAAGCUCAAAAUAUUAAAUUCAUGCAAUCACGUAUUUCUAAGGUUUCAUGAGAGCUUUCAAUUUGCAUAGAGAGAACUAUUCCUAGAGCAGAUAUAUGGGGUAUGGUGGCUACUCAACAUAGUUAUCAAAUCUGAACUGGAUGCAUCAUUUUGAUCUAAAAAAUAAUAAUAAAUCAAGCUUUUGAUAGGUCCAGCUUAUUAAUUGAAUCAUCUUUGAUUCCGUAACAAAUAAAGCAUCCCUACAUAUAAAAGUUUAAUCUUUUUAAGGUAUUGAAUCAUUUUUUUUUAGUGUUGAAAAA